CGUGGCCGCCCGUGGCGAUCGCCUGUCUGCUUGCACAGCAGCUUUCGGUUGUGGAAGUGCUGCCGAAAUUCGCGCAAUUUGCGCUGAAACGUCCCAGACAUGAGGCUGGAGAAGGACGCCCUGAUCGCCGAAAGUCACGACGGACUCCGGAGAAACACCUUGGAAUUGUUCCUGAGCUGCAGGAAGGGCGACCUUGCUCGCGUGAAGUACCUCAUCGAAGAACAGGAAAGCGAGCUAAACGUUAGGGAUAGAUGGGACGGUACACCUCUGUACUACGCAUGUCUUUGCGGUCACAAGGACGUCGUCGAAUAUUUACUGUCUCAAGGGGCACGCUGUGUGGCCAACACUUUUGAUGGAGAACGCUGCCUCUACGCCUCCUUAAACUUGGAGAUCAGGGACCUUUUGCGAGAUCGGAAAGUGAUCACAUCAAGCACCAUGCGCCGAGAUGCUUACGAUGAAUUCUUGCGGCGGUGCCUGGAGGAUGUUGAGCACUGCGACGUCACAUUCAGCGUUCAGGGUGAAACAGUCCCCGCUCACCGUUGUGUCUUGGCGGCACGCUGCGAGUUUUUUCAGCGCUCCCUGGUCAAGAAGUGGGCGGGACGGCAGCUGAUACCGGUGACUCACCACUCCGUGGAUGCUUCAGUAUUUCGAAUUGUGAUGCAGUACCUGUACACAGGUCGACUCGAGAUGCAAGCCAAGCAGUUCGAGAGUUUUUCCGAGCUGGCAUCGCGGUGCAGGUUGACGUCCCUUGUCGCAGAUGUCAAGGAAGAGUUAGCACAAGUGCUGAAUCAAGGAAACCAGAGAAGCCAUCAUUCACCAGAGGGUGAGGCAAUCUUGCUCGAACCGACCCAUUACAGGGAGCAGCUUCAGAGGGACUUUGCCACGUUACCCAUUGAGCUUGCAUCAGAGAUUGCUUCUGCUCACAUCUCAUGCCUUUCUGAAGAUGGCAACCAUGCCGACAUCUGCUUCAGCGUGGAUGGCAGGCAUUUCCUUUGCCACAAGGUGUUCCUGUGCAACCGUAGUGAAUACUUCCGCGCCCUCCUAGAGGACCACUUCACAGAGGCCAGCCGACCGAGCAGUGGUUGGCAGUUUCCAGUGAUAGAACUGCAGCAGGUCACACCCGAUGUGUUUGGUUGCGUGCUGCAUCACAUUUACAGUGGCAUGGAUGACAGGCUCAGCGCAGACAAUGUCUGGGAGGUCCUGUGCGCCGCCGACGUGUACCUGCUGCCAGACCUGAAGCGGCAGUGCGGGGCAUCGAUAGCACGCAUGCUUGACGUGGAAAGUGUCUGCAACACUCUGCGAGCGUCGCGCCUCUUCCACCUGCCAAGGCUCGAAAACCAGUGCAUAGAGUUCAUGGCCAAGCAUCUGGCCAAGGUCAUUGAGCUGCCGGAAUUCCACGAGGUCAUCAGGGAGGACGCAAAAGACGUGAAACUCCGACAGGAGACAGACUCCAUCACCGUCAUCGAUGACAUCCGCUACUACAUCAGUGCCAAUGCACGAAGCACUGCAGAGAUUGUGAAUGCCAACGAAAAGCUGAAGCUCAUCAAUGACCUUCUAAUGACACUUGGACUAGACGCCUAGCUGAUUGGUGAUCGCACUGGUUUGCUGGUGGUGUGUGCAGCAUGCUGCCUCUGGAAAAAUUUCUGCAAGGACAAAAAUGGACAGUUAUGUAUUGCAAUGCGUGUUAAAUUAGAUCAUGCUCGGAGCAACAGGACUCCAUUAUGCCACGUAUACAUUGGCAUCUAUCUACUGGACAGUGGCACGCUGGCUUUGUUUCAAUCUUUCAGUGCUCCCACUUGAAGCUCAAAAAUCUAUGCAGAACUACAAGGAAGGGGAGUUCUGCUUAUUUCACUGCUGCUGGAUUUGCAUAAAGGCUAGAAAUACUUUAACUAUUGAUUAGAACUUAGUAAUCAAACAUGGAAUAGUUGUAGUUUCAUUCUUGUUAUGUGCACACUGUCCCUGUGCCUUAAAUUUGUGGAGAAACUUAAAAUGAGGCUCACACAUUAGCUCUCAUAGCUGUGCAGUGAGUUAAACUGAGAGAGUGUAAGGACAGGCAGGUCAUGCUCAACCAGAGAAAUCAAACGUUGUACAAAAAUUAAAGACAGAAUAUUGCAUAUUAGUGUGGCAAGCCAAGCUCCAUUGUCAGUUCUGCCAGAAUAAUAAUGCUUAAGAAACACGUGGUGGCCUGUAAGUCUUAAAACCGGGUGGCAGAAAUGUGAAUUAUUUUAGACUUCAGUUCACGCACCAUGUCAAUGCAGUAAUUUAAUUAUCAUGUUACAGUGGACAGGUGUGGAUGAGAGAUUUAUAAACUGUAGCCCGUAUAUUGGAACAAUCACUUCUGACAUGUGCGAGCUGGCUACAGCUACACGAAGGGUAAACUUUCUGUCAGUUAUAUUUUUCAAGUCAAAGUUGUUGUCAACUGCAUUGACAGGAGUGAAAUAAUGAAGAAUUCUCCUCAAUUUUUUUAUUUGGGUGGUCCAACAACCUAUUAUUAUGUUGCAUCAAAAUACCAAUGAAAGUGGUGAUUAUGAUAUAUAGUUCCUGCAGAAUGUGCACGCUGGGCACAUUUCACAUGAUAGCCCACUAACUUGCCUUAGUGCAGUACAUGCAGCUGGUCAUUUUCGAAUGCUUCAGAAUGCUCUGGCGGUGUGCAUUACAUUCCACUGGUGGAAAUUUUGAAAAACACAUUCGGCUGGUUCAAGAUUUGCUUAGACUCGAUAAAGAGUUAACGGUUUGAUCCAAGAUUUGUUUUAUGUGAUCGAGCUUUUUGUGCCGUUCUCAUGCUCCCACAACAUCAUCCUCGGGCGCGGCUUCCUCUCGCCUCGUCGUGCCAUUAUGUGCUGGUCGUGCGGAAGUGAUGCUUACGCCGCUGUGCAGCACCAUUUUGGUUGACCCGGUUCCCGACGCUCAUAAACUUAUCAUUGGUGUGAAUAUAGGCGUAGCUUCAAAACCUGGAUGCUGGUGGGCCUGUCAGGUCCUGCCUUGCAGGAUGGAACUUUCCUGUUUGCUCCGUGGAUACCUUUUAGAGUACCACUCUUAGGCGGCCGUUCCUGCUACGGGCGUUGGCGUCGGCAUAAGCGAGCAAACGAGCAAAGCGAAGGAUGAAGGAGCUUACGCGAAGCGCAGCAGGGGAUGAAAGAUGCGAGGAGGAAAGCGAAGGAGAAGGGUAUGGCAAAAGCGUGAGAAGAAAAUCAUAGUGCGGCAAUGAUGGCUACGAGAUGGCACCAGAGUAGUGUGCGUGGUGUGGGAGGUCUGUCUGCGGCGGCUGCUGUGAAUCACAUCCGUGCGCCAGUCAUCCACAUGCUGCCUCUCGCGAUCUGCAGAUUGACAAGGCAGUCACACCCCGCUACGCUCCGUUUGCAACGUGCCGCACGAGACAGAUUGUCUGUGCCAGUCAAUAUAUCGCGGAAUGAAAACACGUAUAGAGCUGCACUCAAAUUUUACAUUAGGGAGUAUCAUAAUCGUCGGUGAAAUUUUUUUUAAUGCCUAUCUGUGCAUAAGCAGCUAGAAAACACACUGUGCCACUUCUGCUUUUCUCCAAGUUUCCCGAAAGUCGCACAUGCUAGAAAUGAGAAAACAUAUAUAGUAUCCUGCAAUAGGAUGGCUUUUACCGUGUUUUGAACCCCGGAUUCAGCCUAAUUCACAUGCCAUUUGCAGCUGUCAACAUGUGCCAUGCAUGAUCACUUCUCCAAGAAAUCCGUCCUAGUGGGAAGCACGUUUUCUCUGGCUCCACCCUAGAACGGGCUCCACAUUGUUGCAAUACAAGCCGGAGCACAAUAGGAACCAGCCAAAUGUACCAUAAAGUAAAAGGAGUGGUAUUUCUUGCAACCCAAAUGUAUGGCUAUUACCACAUAUAAAACCAUACACGAACAGUGACACUGUCACACGAAAGUUCCUAAGACUGUUUAACUACUUCGUUCUCACAGCUAUGUCAUUUUAUCACUUAUGAAAACUGCUCUCACAGUAGUAGCACUGUUGCUAAUUUGUAACACUAUCAGAUUAACUAAACUUUUGCCUUUUUUGCCUCUUCAACAGUGCCGACUACUUUUUGCCCUUUUCCUGAAUGCCUUGAUUGCUCAGGUGACCUUGUUGUAAUGUAUUCACUCUAGUGGCGUGAGCCAUAGGUAUGGAAGAUAUGAAUUCUACCGGGCGGCACACGAGGUCCUUCGCCAUACGAGCACAGGUCGUUUCACCAUAGAGGGGUCCAUGGUCAGGACAUUCUACUGUAUUAAGACAGUACACAUGCUGUCCCAUCACUGAAUAUGAAAAGCGUAAUUGACAGGUGUGGGUAUAGACAGUUUGGGGUCACAUUUACCUGCUUGCCACUAAAAAUAAAAUAGUAAAGGUGCAGCAACAGUUGAUCGUGGCUGACCAACUGCUCUGUAUUUUGCCUGUGCUGUGUAGAAUUUGAUAAAGCAUGUUGGUAAAAGCAAAAGAAGAUGCGAAACGGGAGUGGGGGUUGGGAGGAGCCAUAGAAAUGGCUAUGCUCAUAACGGGUGUAAUUUUAGGGAUAGCUUUGCAUGUUGUGUGAACACUCUGUGAUGCAAGGUAUAUAUGUACUUACUAUGUUGAACAACUGCACUGCAGUAUUGGGCACAUGUAACGGCUUCUCAUUUUAUAACUAUCAGAACCUUUUUAUGAUCCAGUGGGACAAGAACGCUCUCACUGCGAAACAUAUCUCAAGCUGCGCUCAUGUGAUACCGCUGCACUCUGUAGAGGAAAGUGGAACAAGAUCUGUAAAUAUAUCGCGGCCGCAGGCUGCAUGGUGCAUUGUUGACCGAAUGUAUUAAUAAAAUGUUUUCUUCA